UUGUGUUUGUGUUUAAAAGGAGGGAGGCGAAGGAGAAGCGAAAGGAUGGAUCAGGCUGGCUGAGGCUCAGCUGCGGUCAGCAACGAGGCCGUGCAAGUCAACAUACAAGGUCGAUCAUCACGCUCACCAUUGGCUAGAGGGGGGAGGGGGCAAUUGAGUUGGAUGAGAUGGACAGAGUGGGAAAAGGAUUAAAGAGCGACAACUGCAGAAGGUGUGAUGGUAGUAGUGGUAGUGGAGGUGGUGAUUGUUGUGGUGGUGGUGGAGGAGGAGGAGAAGAGCGAGAGAGAGUUGGGGGAGGAGAGAAAGACGAUGCGGAGAAGCCGAAGCCCUCCAGCGGCCGAGGGAAUCCAAACAAUAAUGCCCGCUUCAUUCACAUGAAGGCCCGCUCAGCAAUCAUGGUUCGUCCCAAAGACUAUUUAUUGUUGAUUGUCAUUGUCUGGUGCUGGUGGAUCCCCCCCGGGGUUCCAUUGAAACCACGGAGAAAAGAGACGACAUCGCGUGGCUUCAGGGGCAGGACAGGGCAGGGCACCGCGGAAAUCACUUGCGCACAUCAAUUCAACUACAGUGGCAUAAGGGUAAAGAAAUACACAAUUCGAUUUGGUUCAAUUCAAUUCAAGUCCAGUCCAGUCCAGUCCAUUCCAUCAAUUAAAUCAAGCAAUUCGUUUCUGCCCGCAACCAUGCUCACGCGGAUGCUAAUCUGCUUUGUCUCAAAAAGAAAUACACAAGAAAACGGCCAACCGGAAUGAUCCAGCAAAGAAGGUCCCAAGGAAAGAGGAAUA